CGGGCGGGCGGAGCAGCGGCGGCCCAGGAUGAGCGAGCUCAGGCAGCGACUGGCCCGCGAGGCUGACGGGCAGCGGGGCGGCGAGGGAAAGGAGUCGGAGCUGGAGAACAAGCUCGAUGGAGAAACUGCAUCGGACAGCGAGAACAAGUCGGAGGCCGCCCAGCCCUCUUUGGCUGAUGACACCCCUGAGGUCCUCCACAGAGCACUCUCCCGCAUGUCCUCAAGAUGGAAGAACUGGUGGGUGAGAGGCAUCCUUACUCUGGCCAUGAUUGUCUUUUUCUUCAUCAUAAUCUACCUGGGACCCAUGGUGUUAAUGAUGAUUGUGAUGUGUGUCCAGAUCAAAUGCUUCCAUGAGAUCAUCACCAUUGGCUACAACGUGUACCAUUCCUAUGAGCUGCCCUGGUUCAGGACGCUUAGUUGGUACUUUCUGCUCUGUGUGAACUAUUUCUUCUACGGUGAGACAGUAACAGAUUAUUUUUUCACUCUGGUCCAGAGGGAGGAGCCCUUACGGAUUCUUAGCAAAUAUCACCGCUUCAUUUCCUUUGCCCUCUAUUUAACAGGUUUUUGCAUGUUCGUGUUGAGCCUGGUCAAAAAGCAUUAUCGCCUUCAGUUCUACAUGUUUGGCUGGACCCAUGUGACUUUGCUAAUAAUUGUUACCCAGUCGCACCUCAUCAUUCACAACCUGUUUGAAGGAAUGAUCUGGUUUAUCGUCCCGAUUUCCUGUGUCAUCUGCAACGACAUCAUGGCAUAUAUGUUCGGAUUCUUCUUUGGACGCACCCCGCUGAUCAAGUUGUCCCCAAAGAAAACCUGGGAAGGGUUCAUUGGAGGUUUCUUCGCCACUGUCGUAUUUGGCCUUUUACUGUCGUAUUUGAUGUCUGGAUACAGAUGUUUCACGUGUCCAGUUGAGUUCAACAAUGACACCAACAGCUUCACUGUGGACUGCGAGCCUUCAGAGCUUUUCCAGCUGCAAGAAUAUAACAUCCCCCUGGUGCUUCAGUCCGUUAUUGGCUGGAAGACCGUCCGGAUGUUUCCCUUCCAGAUCCACAGCAUUGCCCUGUCCACCUUUGCAUCCCUGAUUGGACCUUUUGGGGGUUUCUUUGCCAGCGGUUUCAAAAGAGCUUUCAAAAUCAAGGACUUUGCAAACACCAUUCCAGGGCAUGGCGGCAUCAUGGAUCGAUUUGACUGUCAAUACCUGAUGGCCACCUUUGUAAAUGUAUAUAUCGCCAGCUUUAUCAGGGGCCCCAAUCCGAGCAAGCUGAUCCAGCAGCUCUUAACGCUGCGGCCCGAUCAACAGCUGAGCAUCUUCAACACGCUGAAGGCUCACCUCACCGAUAAGGGGAUGCUUCCCGGAUCCGAGGAUGCGUAGGCAGCUUGGCCGCCGGGCUGGGACUGAAUAAGGGCGAGCCCCCCACCUGCCAUAGGACCCCUGCCCCCCCCCCCACCUUGUCUGGCCUAGCACAAUAACCAAGCCUCGCCUCUCUCGCUUUCUCCUUUUUUCCAUAUAAAAAGGGUCGUACUGGUGGCUUUUCGGAGGAUGAUUUCUGUCUGCUUCCAAGCAAACAGGAGAGAGGGCUUAGCUUGGAGGAAAUGAGGGCCUAGAGGGACAAGCCUGGCUGAGUGUUUUAGAAACCAUCCUUCCCCUUCAGAGCCGUGUUUCAGUUUUUCUCCUCCUGGGGGUGCCGUGGGGGACUCGUUUAUUUUUUUCCUGGGUGAGGUGGGCAGAGAGGUGGGAAAAAGGAAGAGGCC